AUGCUUGAACAUCGCACCUAUUCUUCGGACGACGAGUUGACGACAAUCGAGGAAGACCGCGGUCGCGUUGAUCAGGGGGAACGAUUAGAGUAUACAGGCAUACAGUUAUAUACGGCUCCAGAUUAUGCAACAGCGAGCUAUGUUAUCCACAGCAAUCGGACCAAAUUUGAUUUGGAAGUCACAGUUCUAAAGGAAAUCGAAAUGCAUGAUAUUUUUAUGAAUAUGAAAUUGAAGAUGAAAAUGGUAGAUGAGGAGAUCUAUCACACUGUUUAUAAUUGGAAACGUAUUGAUGUUUGCAAAUUUCUUGUCAGCUAUGGCAAGGAAGAUACAUUAUUCAAAUAUUUCCUAAAAAGUGCUAUACAGAAUUCGACACAGCUUAAUUGCCCUUUUAAGAUCGGUACUAUUCAUAUGAGAAAUUUUGGUAUGGAAAAUAAUUGGAUGAUAAGUACUUUGCCAGUAGGUAAAUAUCGUUUUUAUUUGGAAGUGGCACAUGUCAGUGGUGAAAGCACAAAAUUGAUUACCAUGCAAGUGAGUUCAAUACUCAUGCGUUAA